UUGAGGGCUGAGUAGGAGGUAGGGCAGAGGCAAGGCCUAACUUGGUCCUGCCCAGAGUGUAGGGCGUGUUGAGCGAAUAAAAGACCUUUACACCCCCCUCUUCUACAUUGGAAGCCUUGGGACUGAGGGGACCAGAUCCCUGCCUGGAGGCAUAGGUUCCUGCACAUAACAGCUUCAGAUUGCGGGAGUGUGGAUUAAGGCCUGCUGCUUCUCUCGGAACUUGAUGGAUGUUUGGAGACAGUGAAGCAAAAUUGCCGAGAAGCACCAGAGCCCUGCAGAGACAGCCUGUGGGCACAGCCGCCUUCUUCCCCAUGCUUCUGCUAUGAGCUUGAGUGGAUAGCCCAUUCGCCAUGAGCCGUGACCCCACUGGUGUUCCCAUGUGGCCCCGUGGCCCUCGUCCAGGACCUGUCAGCUUAGUUGCUUCUCCGUUUCUGAUGUGCUUAAUCCUCAUGGAGCUGCAUUCGUAACCAUGGCAACUCGGGUCGAAGUUGGCUCUAUCGCAUCCCUGAGGGCGGGGCCCGCCGGCCUUGGUGACAUCGGUAGGGAGGAAACCCUGAAGAGGACCUACUUUUGCCAGGCUGGGGACCUCCCUGGGGCGUCCUCCACCAGGAUCCGAAGUGCAAAGAACCCCCUCGAGGCCCACCUGUUCCCACUACCCAUUGCGCCCAAGCCUUUCCUUAAGGACCAGGUGCCCGAGAGGAAGGCUUCUGUCAAAUCCUCGUGGUCCCGUGGUGCCACCCAGCCCCGUCCUUCAGCCCAGGCCGCCAAGGAGGAAGCGAAAGAGGACUUGGCUAAAACAAUGCCAAGCUUAGCUGGUGAGGGGGCAGACCGAGGGGAGGCCCUGCAGAAUGGCCCGUCUGUACCUAACAAAGCCACGUUCCUGAGGUCUGGCCCUAGCACCAUGGGCCUCUUUGAAACAACCAAAGCUGGACCCGGCCCGGGCAAAGGGACUGGUGAGGGGAGCCGGGAGGCCAGCCCUCGGGCAACCCAGACGUCUCCCUUAAGUGCCAGGCCUGAGGUGGCCACCAAGCCAGUCCUACCCUCUCGGAAGCCCCCAGUGACUCUGCCCCGACCAACCUCCCUGUCGCAGGACACUGGGUCUGCUAUUUCUCAGGGGGAGGCAGGCCGAGCCCAACCAUUGCCAAAGGCCCACAGCGUGGAGGAUCCCGCUGACCAGGCUCCAGAGGCCAAGCCUGUGAGGAGACGGCCUAUGUCAGCGGUGUUCACCGAGUACCUGCAGCCCCUAAAGCCAGGCUCGGGGGGAGUGGCAGUCAUGGGCAAAGUCCCCCCUACACCUCCCGAGAAGACGUGGGUGAGGAAGCCCCGGCCUUUGUCUGUGGACCUAACUUCCAUCUUUGAGAGUGGAGACAUGUUGCUGAGGAAGGUGACUAGGGAGCAGAGCACUGCAGACCGCCAGGGCCCAGAGAGGCCAGGCGUGGAGCCCAGGGGCAAUGUGGAGAGCCCUACCCGCGUGGAUGGCACCCCUCAGGACCCUGAUGCGGAAUUCCAGGAGCUGUCAAAGAGGCUCCAUGCACGGAAGGAGAAGAUGGUCCUUAAGCAAACAGACACAGACAGUCCCAGGGCUCCAAGGGCCAGGGCCACCCCUGGAGAUGAUCAGAGUCCCCAGCAAGAGGAAGCCAUGCCAGACCAGCAAUGGGAGAAGGUGCAGGAGUCCCCUUCACCCAGACCUGAAAGAGGGCUGGGGCUGACAGAGGUCAAGGGUGAAAGGCUCGACCAGGAGGCUUCUGCCCGGACGGAGAGGAAGCCUGCAGGAAGUGUCAGGAAGCGCCUCAGUCUGUUUGGGGAAGACAGCGCAGUGGCCUUGGCAGUGGUACCUGAGCCCAGCUCUGUGACCCCGGAGUCCCCGUCCUCAGCGUCCACAGCGUCCACAGUGUCCACAGCGUCCAUAGUGUCGACAGCGUCCACAGUGCCAGGGCUUUCAAGAGCUGGUGUGAACGUUCAGGCGCGAAUCAAAGGCUGGUCUGUGGAGAGAGCAGGGGAGGAGAAGCCAGAGGUCUGGAGAAGGGCCUCCCAGGCUCGGCCAUUGCCUGCGGAUUUGACCAAACCGUUCUCGAGGUCGGCUUCGAGCAAUGAGAUUGGGUACGAGAAGUGUGCCACGCUGGGCGGCGAGCUCCCCGGGGAGAGGAGAGAAAAGCUUAAGGAAAAGCUUGGUUUGGAUAGACCCUCUGCCACAAAAAGUCCUUGGAAGUCUGAGGUUUCCCAGAAGUCUAGGCAGACAGAGCUCAAAGAUGCCUCCGACCAGGACCCUGAUAGGUGUUGGAGUGCUCGCUCGGUGGGAGGCGCGAGCCCUUCUGAAGUCAGUCCGGAGGAUGACGGAAGCUUCCAGAAGGUGUGGGCCACAGUGUUUGAGCAUCACGUGGAGAGACACACAGUGGCCGACCAGGCAGGCUGUUGUCUCUCCGCCACACCCCCUUGCGAUGUGGCCCACACGCCGGAUCCCAGACCGAAGCCUGAGAAUUGGCCAGGGAAGGAGCCACCAGGAGUCACAGACGAGAGAGACCGCUCCAGGUGGUCGGACCGUGCUGACCUGGGGAUGCUGGGACGGGCUGCCCUUGUCGAUGUUGCACUGAGACCGUAUCCCACACCUGUCCCCGGGAGACACCCCGUGGAAGAGAGGCACAGCCGCUCUGUCCCGAGGCAUUUAGAAAGUCCCCCUGUGUCCCAGAGGGUUCAGCCUAAGUAUGACGUCAUGCAUGCCUCAGGAGAGCGGGCACAUAGCGAAGCAGUGUCCAGGGUGCCUGAGGAGAAGGCGGUGACCCUGCACAGCGGCAGAUCUCGGCUCUCGCUGCCGGCUCGGCAGCUGUCCCAGGAGGUCAACCCUUCUUACCUGGACUCUUCUCUGCAGGGUAGUGGGGGUGCCGUUCAAAGGGCAAGUCAGUUAUGGGAAGCUAGGGGCAAGGAAGGCAGCAGAUCAAAGCAGCCAGGGGAUGGAUUUGGGGGCUCUUGCCAAUCGCCCAAAUGGACAGGAGUGGGGGUGACAAGCUGGCACAGCAGCGCUGUGGUCAGCAAAGAUCUUGGUACUGCCCAAAGGGGUCAGUCCUGGAGUGUCUUUUCAGAUCUUCCAUCCAGGGCCAGCAUUGAGCCCCGUGACUCCCAAGUACAGGCAGGGACCGACUCAUUGUCCCCGCAGAAGGGACCCCUCGUGGUCGCCAGUGAGGAUAACCCAAGGCUGGCCCAGGUGGCCCAGCCUGAAGUCAGAAUGCGGAGGUCCAACCCUUCAGAGCCGAGGGUGGAUAGGUUGAGGCGACGGACUUUGCCCCAUGAUGUGAAGUUCGAUCCAUUCAGCCUCCUUGGGCCAGAGAGCGCUUCCGAAAGGCAGCAGCGACCAGCAGAUGGUCUGACCUUCCCAACCUGUGCCUUAAAGAGACCCCACCAGCAGGCACAAACUCAGGGGGGGACACCGGAUGCCUCACAAGGCAGGACUUUCCUGGUGGAGAAGCCGGGGCCAUCUGCAGAGCCCGCUGCGACUUUUUUCGCGGUGACUUACCAGGUUCCUGACAUUCAGAAGGCCAAGAGUGUGGUUAAGCCGGGGCCUGAAAACGUGUCGGAACCUUCCAGAAAAACGCCUCCACCUCCUUCACCUCGCUCUGUUGUGUCUGCGUUGCCUUCUCCUGGCCGUGAGGAGCCGUGGUCUCCCGCCAGCAGUAAGGGCUACGCUAAGGGGAGAGAGUAUGAAGAAGUAAGGAACCUUUCAAAACACCCCAAGUCCGCAGACCAGCCGGCGUCUGCAGGGGACAGGACUCUGGAUCCUUCCAGGGAGAGAAUCAUUGAUGUGGAUGCUCUGAGGUUUCAUCGAGAGUCAGAAGACGAUGCCGUGAAGUAUCGCAAUCUCGGGGCAUCCUCAGGCGAAGAUGCCUCACAGACACCCCUGGUCCUGAGGCGGCCCAAAAGUCUCCUGAUGAGGAGGAGAACAGAGGUGAUCAGCGAAACGUUCCCAGGGAAGAUGAGGGAUGGCUACAGAUCCAGUGUUCUUGACCUUGAUUCUCUGAUGGCUGAGUACAAGGAACAGUUGAGCAGGAGUCCCAGCAAGGCCCAGGAAUGGCAGGACAGCCCUACAGAGCCCAGUGGCUCUCCUCAGGAGAGGUCAGGUUGGCCCAAGGAGGCGGAGUGGAGAAGGAGGAGCCUGAAGGAGGCUUCUCAGUCAGACGGUGUCGGUGUCGGGCAACAAGCAGGGCCCUCUGUGAAAGUUCUCCACUCUCCUGGCCCCAGCAAGCAGCCAGAGGAACCCCUAGGGGUAGCCAUGGCCACCAAGUCUGGCCUGCCACUGUGGGCACCACCACAGUCAGCUUCUGGGGAAAACUGUCCCUCACCUUCUUCCGUUCCUGCUGGCUCCAGGAGGAAAUCUCCAGGCAUCGCUGAGUUGGAAAGCAAGCCCUCCUCCAGUGAGCACCAGGGUACAAAGCAUAGGCAAGGUUCAGUCAAGUCCCAGGAGCUAGGCAGCGGGGACCCUGUCUCCCCCAGGUCACCCCCCUCUGACCGGAAGAAAGGGACUCCAAGGAGGUCCACUGUUCAGGGAGUGGAAGGCAAUGGGAUACAGUGGGGAACCCCCCCACGUGAUUCUGUUUGGUCACCGAUGGACAUCAAGAGGGCCUGCUCGGAGAAGGGGCCCCCGGCCAGGGUCCGGGAGGGCCUGUCCAUCAUGCAGGAUGCCAGGGAGCGGAGAGAAGAGUCCAGAGGGAAGCCUGACCUCCCCGCCGAGACUCCCAAGGUCGCUGAGGGACCCUGUCAGAGGGAUACGAGGAGGCUGGAAGGCCCUAAGCUGCCUCUGCAGAAUCUGGAGCGGAGGGAUGGCCGACAGGAUGGCCAGCAGCCUCUUGGGCAGGUGUCCCCCGUUGCCUCCGUCCCCCGGCGAAGCCACAGCUUUUGCAAGGACAAGAGGAAUAGUCUCCUCGUGAACCAGCUGAAGCAGUGUUUCUCCCGGCGGGCACCCGAGGCCAAGGACACUGACACCCUCGUGCAGGAAGCCGACAGCCAGUAUGGGACCUGGGCAGCCCAGCACCAGAACGGGGGCAGUUUUGGCCCGGAGACCCCUUCUCCUGACAGCAGUGCUGCGUCUGCGGGAAAGCAGCCUCCAGGCAGUCACUUGUCCUCGUACACCGAGUCCACGUCGGUGGAGCAACAUGACAGCUCCAGGGAUCGGCGCAGCUCCAGCGUGGACCGCUCCAGUUCUGAGCUGGAGUCCACAGAUGGCCCAGAGGGACCACCUCCGUCAGACGUCUGUCCUGCAGAGGGAGAGGAUGAUUUCUCCUUCAUCCAUCAAACCUCAGUCCUUGACUCCAGUGCCCUCAAGACGCGGGUGCAGCUGAGUAAGCGAAGCCGUCGCCGGGCGCCCAUCUCGCACUCGCUCCGGCGCAGCCAGUUCAGCGAGUCUGAGAGCCGGUCCCCUCUGGAGGAGGAGUCACACAGCGCGUGGAUGUUCAAGGACUCCACAGAAGAGAAGUCACCCAGGAGGGAUGAAUCCGAUGAAGAGCCUCCCAGGGUGGAGAGGACCCCUGUUGGCCACCCUCAGAGGAUGCCUGUGUUUCCAGGCAUGGACCCAGCUGUGCUGAAGGCUCAGCUGCCCAAGAGAUCAGAAGUGGACAGUCCUGGAGAGUCUCUAAGCUGGACACCCCAGCCCAAGACCCCUAAGUCGCCCUUCCAGCCUGGGGUGCUGGGCAGUCGGGUGCUGCCUUCCAGUGCAGAGAGAGAGGAGAGGUCUGAGGAGCGCUCACCCCAGUGGCUAAAGGAACUGAAAUCCAAGAAGAGGCAGAGCCUGUAUGAGAAUCAAGCUUGACCGGACAGAAGAUCAG